AUGUCUGCCAGCGAGACUGCUAGCAGUUCCCCCGGAUGGACAACCGUCGAUCCAGAUGAGCUCCAAAAAGAUUCAGAAGAUCAAUGGACGCACGAUGCUCCUCCUCUAAUUGCCAUUGUCGGAAUGGCUGCACGACUGCCCGGUGGCAUUUCAUCCCCUAAAGACUUCUGGCAAUUCAUGAUUGACAAGAGAUGCGCAUCCGCUCCAGUUCCUGCUGGGAGAUACAACGUGGACGCCUUUCACGGAACUCCCGGCGUGGAUACGCAAUCGGUAAUUGCAAAGAAGGGCUUUUUCCUUGAGGGUGAAUAUCUGGGGAAAGUUGAUACUUCCUUUUUCCAUAACAAUCGGUACGAGCAUGGGUUUGUAGACCCCCAACAGACGAUUCUAUCGGAAGUGGUUUGGGAGUGCAUGGAGAGUGGCGGACAAGUCAAUUGGCAAGGAAAGGAAAUUGGAUGUUUUGUAGGCACCUUCGGGGAAGACUGGCUAGAUCUCACAGCGAAGGACACCCAAAACAUGAACCCGCUCCACGUCGUGGGAACUGGUGACUAUGCGGCAUCCAACAGAGUAUCAUUUGAAUAUGACCUCAAGGGCCCGUGUAUGACUUGUCGAACGGCUUGUUCAUCCUCGCUUGUGGCCCUCCACGAGGCAUGUCAGGCAAUUGCCCUCGGCGACUGCCCAUCGGCGAUUGUUGGAGGUUCCAGCCUGAUUUUCACACCCACAAUGACAACCAAUAUGUCCCAGGCCGGGGCACUGUCCCCUGAUGGGAUCUGCAAAACAUUCGAUGCGGAGGCCAACGGUUAUGCCAGAGCGGAGGGAGUGUGCGCCCUAUACAUAAAGAAGUUAGAUGAUGCCAUCCGUGACAAAGACCCAGUCCGUGGCGUCAUUCGAGCGGUUGCGACAAAUUUCGAUGGCCGAACAAACCACAUCACGGUCCCAUCAUCGGCCGGACAAGAGGCGCUGAUACGGAAGGCCUACCGAAAGGCCCAUCUCGAAAACCCUGCAGAGACCGCAUUUGUCGAAUGUCACGGCACGGCCACCCGGGUGGGGGAUGUCGUUGAAACCACCGCCGUGGCCGAUGCCUUCGGGCGCCAUCCCAUGAUUAUUGGAGGAGUAAAAUCGAACAUUGGUCACACCGAGGGCGCAGCGGGUCUCGCAGGCUUGAUUAAAGCAGUGCUUGCCCUGGAGCACAGACAGAUUCCUCCCAACGUCAACUUUUUGACACCCAAUCCAAACAUUCUGUUCGAGGAAGCAGGUUUGACUGUACCUGUUGAUGUUCUCCCCUGGCCAGCCGACCGCAAAGAACGAGUCAGUGUCAACUGCUUCGGGGUCGGUGGUACAAAUGCCCAUGUCAUUGUGGAUUCAGCUGCAUCGGUGAUGCCCCAAAAGGCAAUACCGGCAUUGGAAACAAACAACAACAGUCCACGGCUAUUGCCGUUGUCAGCUAGUGGACCCAAAUCCCUCGAUCAGCGGGCGAUGGACAUAAAGGAAUAUAUUUCCCAUCAUCACGAGGCAGUGCCCGACUUAGCUUAUACCCUCUGUGCAAAGCGAGAGCACCUUCGUCACAGGGCAUUCGCAGUCAUCGGCGGAGGAGUACCUUUCGAAUCCAUUGAAUUUACUAAAGCCGACAACACAAAGAGUGGGCCAAAGAUCGUGACAUUCGCAUUUCCUGGCCAGGGAGCCCAGUGGGCAGGUAUGGGAACUGAAUUAAUGGAAGCCUUCACGUCCUUUAAGAAGGACAUAGAGUACAUGGAUCAGGUACUGGAAAGUCUGUCCAAUGCACCCACGUGGAGGAUGUGCGAGGAGCUGGUCAAAACAGGCCCCGACAGUGACAUUGACCGCCCCGAUAUAGCACAGCCUCUGUGCACCGCUGUCCAGAUUAGCUUAGUGAAUCUUCUCAGGACAUGGGGAAUCACCCCCGACAAUGUCAUAGGCCAUUCCAGUGGAGAAUUUGCGGCAGCUUACGCAGCCAAUGCCAUGUCCAUGGAUACAGCAAUUAUACUGGCAUAUACUCGGGGAAAAGUUGCCCAAAUGGCCCCAGAGGGAGGUAUGCUCGCAGUAGGAGUUGGCCGAGAUGAAGUUGGUCAAUAUCUGGCCAGCGAAGUGGAAUUGGCAUGCGAGAAUAGUCCGAACAGCGUUACCCUCGCUGGGAGCCGUGAUCAACUGGAACAUGUAGCAACUCGGAUCCAAAAUGAACAGCCGGACACUCUUUUAAAGAUGCUACCGGUUGAGCGGGCGUACCAUUCUGGAUUCAUGGCUUCGGUGGGUGCCGAAUACGAAGAGCUCACAAGGCUUCACCUAGUCAACCAUCACGAGAACAUGGCUCCAAUGUACUCAACGGUAACCGGAACAGUAAUCACUAAUCCUAGUGAGCUUGAUCCGGCCUAUUGGCGCCGAAGCUUGGAAUCACCUGUAUUCUUCUCAACCGCUUUCCAGAACUUGGCCUCAUCCACACAGAACAAACACCAGGUUGUGAUAGAGAUCGGGCCUAACUCAGCACUUCGGGGGCCAAUACAACAAAUACUCCGUUCGAUCAGCAUGAGCUUUACUUACUGUGCGACGAUGAGAAGCAACGAAAGUAACCUGUCACGUGUCCUCUCUGUCGCUGGGACAGCUUAUGUUAACCAUCUACCUGUUGAUCUUCUCGCUGUCAAUGGUGGGUAUCAGGGCGAAAUACUCACCGACCUUCCUCCCUACCCAUGGCAGCGCGAAGACAUUGUCUGGGCAGAAACUCGCAUCAGUAAGCAGUGGCGCCUGCGCCAAUUCCCCCGUCAUGAGCUCCUCGGGGCGCGGUGCUUGGAAUCCAAUGACUUCGAGCCUGCAUGGCGAAAUAUCCUGAAGGGCGAGGAGGUUCCGUGGAUAAACCACCAUCGAAUGAUGGGUCUUGUCGUAUUUCCAGCCGUUGGAUACGUGGCUCUGGCAUCGGAAGCCAUACGUCAGAUAACUGGCUUAACUGCCUGCACACUGGAGCAAGUCAUGCUCAUGGAGGCCCUCGUUCGAGAUGAAAAUGACAUUGAAAUCAUGACGACACUGCGAAAAUUGACAAUGAAUGCAACUAUGGACUCAGACUGGUAUGAAUUCACGGUUUGUUCUUACAAUGGUCAAGGAUGGACAAAGCAUUGCUCCGGGAAGGCGAUGGGGGGAACAGAUCAGCCCCUUCCAACGAACACAAUUUCAGAGCCAUUCACCCGACAGAUUUCGUCGUACAGAUGGUACCGCAGGUGCGAGAAAAAAGGCCUUGAAUAUGGAUCCCUGUUUGAAGGACUGCAGGAUAUCACCGCCAGUCCACUAACGAAUGCAGCCCGUGGGCGAGUGGAGGAUGACCGCGAAUCCCACGACAGCUACUACGCAAUACAUCCAACAAUUGUGGAUCAGUGCCUUCAAGUAAUGCUAGUUGCCAGUGACAAGGGUGUCUCGCACUAUCCUGACAAGGCGGGCAUGCCGUUGUAUAUCGACCGGGUUUACUUGGCCCCAGGAAGCAGCUCAAUGCUCGUUGAGGCGACGACAACCGACCCAGCAAAAGAGAGUCUAAGCGGAGACUUUAAGGUAGUAUCUGAAUCAACGGGUGACAUCGUUCUGGAAAUGAAGGGACUGCGCUUAUUGCCCAUCCCAGAAGCCGGCCAGGAAACGAAAGGACCGAAGCUUGCAACUCAUAUUCAAUGGAAGCCGGACAUUAGGUUCCUGCCUGCGACCCAACAAGUACCAUCGCCAGUUGCUUUGGAUCAACAGAAGACACAAAACCUGGCCAUAGCGGGCUUCCUUCUAGUAUUUGAGCUGAUCGAGGCCUUGGCUCCUCAGACUUUGCUGCCCUCGUACUUGGAGAAGUACAGAAAACUCAGUAUGGACACUGGCAAGAAAAUACUCCAGGGAGAAUAUGACCAUAUUCCUGGUAUUAUGCAGCUGAAAAAUAUGGACAGGGAGCAGCGAAAGGCUCUAUUCAAAUCCUUACAAGGCCAAUAUCCCGAUGCUAGGGUUGAACGAUGUUAUAACGAUGCCUGGGUGUAUGCCCGUGAGCGUCCGGACCAGCUGAUAGGCGAAGGCAUAUUCCAAGACACCUCGCUAUUAGUUACCAUGAAGGGCAUUGUUGAGUGGGGACUCGAACUCUACGACUGGAACAGAUUCCUUGGGCCUCUUUCUCACGCAAAUCCAGGUCUGCGUGUCUUAGAAGUUGGUGCUGGGUCUGGUUCAGCAACAGCGAUUAUGCUGGAAGCUUUAACCACUAGUCAUGGUGAUCGUCUCUUCAGUAGAUUCACGGUAACGGACAGCGUACCUGGACUGGUCAAUCACCUGGAAGAGCGUUUUGGAGAUAUACCGAGAAUGGAGUAUAAAACUCUGGAUAUUUCCAAGAGUGCAACAUAUCAGGGCUUCACAGAAGAUAGUUACGAUCUUGUGAUUGUGUGCAAUGUCCUAUACGAAACACCUGUUCUUAGUCAGUCUUUGGCACAUAUCCGCUCUUUACUUGCGCCUGGGGGGCGGUUGCUCUUAUACGAGCCCUGCUCAGAAAUCCCACACGUUGAUGUUGUCAUGGGUAGUCUUCCAAGUUGGUGGUUGGGCAUGGGUGACAAUCGCGGGGACAAGCCUCACGUUUCUGUGGAGCGUUGGGAACAAGAGUUAUGCCAGGCGGGCUUCUCUGGGCUUGACAAUGUUCAAUACAAUGCACCGGCACCACUUUACUGGCAGGUACUGAUGCUAUCAACAAACCCAGUGGUGGAUUCCCCGCAUGGACCCAUCAACCUGCUUUGCACAGCAGAGACUAGACACCACUCAUGGAUACAAAGUCUGGCUCUCUGCUUGUCCUCCGAUGGAUAUGACGUGCGUUGGUGCAACCUUGGAGAAGAGUUCCCCACCGAAGACGUUAUCGCAUUACUCGAUUUUGAAAGUCCAUUUCUACAUGACAUAUCCCAACACACUUACAGUACUAUUCAAAGCUGGAUGUCCACGGUGAAGCGUCUCCUCUGGGUGACCCAUUCGAUGCAGAUUGAAUGCAAGGAUCCUCGAUUUUGCCUCAUACUUGGCCUCGUCCGCACAUUGCGGAGUGAGCUGAAUGUUGACAUCGGCACUUGUGAGAUAGACUCAUUUGACGAUGCUGCGCUCCAUGUGGUAACUCAAGCGUACAAGCAUCUUGGUAUGCCAAUUGCGGGAAGGACAAUUCGCGAUUUCGAAUUCAUAAUGCACCGGGGCGUAGGCCACACCGGUCGUGCAGCCCUCACCAAGGUUAUAGACCACCUCAAUGUCGCAGAUCAACCAGGUUCUUAUCUAUUAGAUAUUCAAACUAUCGGAGACUUGAGCUCGCUUGGAUGGAGACCCAUUCCUACGGAAGAGGUCGGUCCACACGAUGUGGAAGUCAGGGCCAGCUACUUGGCGCUCAACUUCAAAGACCUCAUGAUGUCUCUGGGUGUCGUGGAACGAACCAAGACAAUGGAUUUUUGCUUCGAGGGAAGUGGCUUUGUAACUCGCGUGGGAUCGGAGGUGACAACACUCCGAGUCGGCGAUCCAGUCGUCGUUUUUGACCCGCAACCGACGAAAACACUGGCAGUCUUCCCAGCUGAUCGGGUAGUCCCCGCUCCCAAGCAUCUCACGCUGGCAGAAGCUGCCGCCACUCCAAGUGCUUAUUUGACGGCUAUAUACACACUGAUAGAAAUAGGAAAGCUGCAGAAGGGUCAGACUGUCUUGAUUCAUUCUGCGUGUGGUGCAGUCGGAUUGGCCGCAGUGCAUGUCUGUCAGAACAUCGGCGCCAAGGUCUUUGCCUCGGUUGGUAGCGACGAAAAGGUUGAAUAUCUGAUGAAGUCAUUCGGAAUUCCACGCUCGCGCAUCUUCGAUUCACAUAGUGUAUCAUUUCUCUCAGGUAUCAUGAGGGAGACCAAUGGCAGGGGCGUCGAUCUGGUUCUCAACUCACUAGCUGGGGAGCUUCUCCGAGCGUCCUGGAAAUGUGUUGCUCAAUUCGGCAAAUUGCUCGAAAUUGGAAAAAGAGACAUAUUGGGCCAUGGCAUGCUUGACCUAAAUGGAUUUCAAGGGUGUCGUUCAUACUGUGGCUUCGACUUGUAUAGUGUGGCCCAUCACGAUGCUGAAACACUAAGGUGGGCUCUUGAAAAAGCUAUUAGUGACCUAGAGGAAACAACGUACCGGCCUCUGCAUACUGUAUUUCAAGUGGACCAGGUUGAAGAUGCUAUGCGGCAGAUGCAAAAGGGCCAGCAUAUCGGAAAAUUCAUUAUUGAGAUUCCCGACAAUGAGAGCAAGUAUCCCUUACUUCCCGCACAGGCUAGGUUUAGCUUCUCGCCGACGUCCUCGUACCUGCUUGUUGGUGGCUUGAGAGGCAUUGGCCGGGCUGUUGUCCGGUGGAUGGUGGAACAUGGAGCUCGUGACUUCGUGUUCCUUUCCCGAUCUGCUGGAUCCCUUGAAGAAGACCAUAUAUUUGCUCAAGAACUUGAGACUCAAGGAUGCCACGUUGUGUUGGUCGCUGGAAGUGUCGCUGAUGCAGAUACCGUUCAGCGCGCUAUUCAAAACAAUGGACGUCCAGUUUCCGGUGUUAUACAAAUGUCAGCUGUUCUGAAGGACCAACUAUUCGACAAGAUGUCAUACGAAGACUGGACCACAAGUCUGGCAACCAAGGUCCAAGGGACUUGGAACCUUCACAAUGCUCUCCAGGGCCGAUCACUAGAAUUUUUCAUUGUCUUCAGCUCCGCAGUCAGCAUGAUUGGAAACCCAGGACAGGCCAAUUAUGCGGCAGCAAACUCGUUCUUGGAUGGAUUUGUACUGUAUCGUCGAGGACUAGGCUUACCCGCAUCGUUGGUCAGCCUUGGGCCCGUGGAUGAAAUGGGUCUUAUGUCACAACAGCCGGAGCUUCUGUCUAAAGCUCGUCAAGCUUCUCACCACAUGAUGGGGGAAGGCGAUGUGCUGAAGGCAUUCCAGCUGGCUCUUCUUUCAGCAAAAGAUGGUUUGUCCACGACGCGUCCAGCAAUAGUGGUCUCCGGACUUUCUCCGGCCGUUAUGACCAGCAAUCCAUGGCUCCAACAAGAUGCACGAUUUUCUACUCUUCCAACAGGAACGGACGUGUCGACCACCGGGGAUAUCGACGACGAGCAAUUGCAGCGGCAACUCUUGUCGCUUCGAGAUGACCCCACACCCCUGAUUGACGGCUCAUGUGAGGCUUUGAUUAUCGAGAAACUGGGGGAGCAGAUUGCUACGCAUAACGGGCUGACCGAGGAGAUGGAUGCAGACCAAUACGGUCGUCUUGAGGUAGAUUCCCUGAUGGGCCUGCAGAUUAAACAUUGGCUGCGCCGCAAGGUUGAGGUGGAGGUCUCGCUCGGAGACAUCAUCAAGGCGAAAACGGUUGGAAACAUCACCAAAUUAGUUACAGAGACGCUUCGUACGAGAUAUGGGGUGAAGGAGUGAAGGAGGAAGAUGGCGCCGCGGCUUUGUGGUGAGGGUCAGGGAACCCGGUG